AUGGACAGUGAAGAGAAGCGCUGGCGUGUACGAGUUGUGCAGGACGCAGCGCAGCGCAAGGUUCUGCUCCGGUUUCUCGGUUGCACGGAGGCACGUUGCCCCCUGGGGCCCUUGCGUUGGCAGCGCGAUCAACGUAAUAGGGUCCAGCUGGAAACCAGCACUGUGUCCUUUGAAGGUCCGCUGGUUGAGCUCGAUGGCCCCUGGGAGGCAGGGGCCUGGCGGACGGCGCGUCUCGAGGCCAGUGCUGGGCGAAAGGCGACCAGCGGUCAGCACGUGUUGAUUUUUGUCGAUGCUGCAGCUCAGGAGCUACAAAUUGUGCCGAUCGCCAGCACUGCCACGCUUCGAGCGGGUUCAUCGAAUACAGUGAGCUCUUUAGUGCCUUCAUUGGCGCUUCAGCAGAACUCCGGAGAGACUGCAGCAGCGGACGGCGCUCAGCUCCCCGACGAGCUCGCUGUCCAGUCGCAGGCGUCCCGGGAAGCACACGAGGCGCGAAACGCACUCAUUGCAGCGUUUGGGAGCAAGCGCCAGAAACGCGCACGUGCCCUCUCUUUGGCGCGCCACGUAACGAAUGAGAACGUGCAAGCGGCAGAGGCAGCUGUCCAGGGAGACGCCACAGACGACGACGCUGGGGACUCUUUGAACCAGCACGUUACCGACGUAGUGGAGCGCGGUCCAUCAGACCACGUACGCAAACGCGAUGCUAUCUCGAGAGAAGCUCCGCCACCGAGUCUCCGAGAGGCCACCACCGAGAGCGUUCGGUUGGUACCGCCGUACAACUCGGAGGCGACGACACCUGAAACAGCGUAUCCCCUGCUGGGUGGCUGCCUCCCGAGCCGCUUCUUCAGUGCAUACAAGAGCAAUGCCACCGAACUUGAAUCACUUGGAAGCGAUAUGAAAUACGCGAAAAGUCUGAGGGAACAGUUUACGAGUUCCCGAAAGACCGCAGAUACAGAGACGGCAACCUCGCUAGAACAGCCGCCCGCCAGCGCUGCCGCUGAAGCGCUGCCAUCUACGACAGCUUCUGUAGGUUCGAACCCUCUUUUACAGCGAUGCACGCACCUCUACCUUUGGAUUCUGCUGGAGUGCUACCAUCGCUGGCCACGACAAUUACGCGUACCGGCGUCUCGUGAGCACGGUCUGUCGGGAGAUACCGCCGAUGUGCCCGAGCCGCUGCGCUGGCUGCCGUCCUGGCUGGGUAAGCUUCUGCUGGAGAUUUUCACUCAAGCAGAUUCUACCGAGACCAAAAGAAUAGUGGAAAAAGAGCGCAUGCUGCAUCAUAUCCUCGUUCUGUACUUGCACUGCAGUGGUUUUCAAGACCAGCCCGUCGAUGCUUUGGCGGAGGCUCUGCGUCUGCCGCCUGCUCGUUGCGCUACCUACUUCAAGUACAUGGGCCUGAGUGUGCGACGGGUGCGUUCUGCGGCACCAAACAGCCCAAGUGGCGCCAAUCGCAGUGGUCUAUUUGUGUCGCUUGAUCGCUUGCCGCUGCAGUUCCCGCGAGCAGUUCGACGGCAGCGUCUGCCAUGA